AUGGCACACAAAGGCCCUAGCACAGAUGUUGCAAAAGGAAACAACAAGUCCGAGUCAUCAGGUCAGGGUCUCCCUGAGAAGGGGAUCGAUGAAAUCAAGCCAGGCAUGCUUGUCUUUGCUGUGAACGAAAACUUCACCAACAUCAGCAAUUUCUUUGGAUCCAAGCUCUCAAGAACGUCAAAGCCAGACAGACAUAAUCAGAGGGGUCACUUUGAACUUGUUCUCCGGAAAAAUACAGACACAGUUGAAACUAUCAUGAUGACAAGUUUUUCAGGAGCAACUCAAUUGGAAGGAGCAAUACCAAAAGACAGAUGGAAAUUCUGUGUUCCCAUAGAUCCUGCUACCGUAGAAGACAAUGAACAGUAUGGUCCAGUUGAGUUCUUGCCAGGAAAGGGUAUCGACAAGUAUGGCACUGGUGGUUGGUUUACCGUACAGUCAACCUCCAAACUUAAGCCACAUUCCAAUGGUAAGUUUAGAGUGAAAGAGACUGAUAUUGACCCCAGAGUUCUGGCAACUCUUCUAACCAUGGCUAGGGGCAAUGUUGAGUUCUUCAACCAGAGUGUUCAAGAAGGGGGAAGACGCAUCACUGCUAGCGAACAGCAGGCUAUGUUGCUGGACAGGAGCAAAGGAAAAGGCAAAACAGGGAAAGGCGGCAGAAAGUAA